AGCCUAUCAUUAGAGCGCAGUGUUUCAUUAGUUUUGGAUUAAAUUUUGGAAGGAUUCAGAAUUCAAAUUCAAAUUGGAAGGUUUGUGUCUAUAUAAUAGUAGAAGAAAAAAAUUUCACAGAAGAGUUAAAAUUUACUGUUGAUUAUCUUUGGGCUACUUAUUCUUAAUCACAGUUGAAACAUCUAGUUAUUUGUAAUAGGAAUUACAAGAAAAAUUUAAAAUUGAUAAAAAAUUCAAAACUUUUCAUCAUGUGUGAUAACAACAGUUCAGAGAAAAGUAAAUGUUCAGGAAAAGAAAAGGUUUCUCGCUGUAAACAUGGACAUAGGAAAUCAUCAACUGGAAAUGCUGGUGCAAAUGGAAAAAGAGCUUCCAAGCGAGACUCUACUGAAAGAAAAAGCCAGGUUUCUGAAUCUCCUAUCUCUGCUCCUGUCCAGCCUGAGAAUACAUGCGGCUGUGAAGGUCAAGAUACUCAACGAAUUGGAUCGUUCAGAAAAGAUUCCGCCAGUACAAAAGAACUGGUCAGUGAGAGAGUUGAAAGUAGUGAGACAACGUUAAAAACUGGCAAUGAGAUCAAUAUAGUGCCAACUAAUGCUGGAGCAGACAAUAUUGAGAUGCAGAAUUGUGGAGAAGGUCAGAGGAGAUCGUCUUCCUCCCAGAGGAGAAGCUCUACUCAGCUUGAAAAUUUCGAUCAGAAUAAGGCACCAAAUCCUGAAAUGUCUUGCUCUUGUAACUCUCAGAAGCGUGAUACGAUCAAGGAUGAUUUUGAAUCUACUUCAAACAAUAAUGCACAACAGGAUGAUUGCAGUACUGGACAAUCUAUAAAAAGUGUUCCUUCACCACAUAAUUUCAGAAGGAGUUCUACCACAGGCAAAAAAAGCUGUACUUUCAAGUUACCAGGAACCGUUUGUGAAUUGCCUGAUGAAGAUUGUGAUAAUGCUAUACAAGAGUUUGCAAAUCAGGAUUUGAUGAAUGCUGAGGAGGAAUGUGACGAUGAGGAGUAUGAUUAUGCCAAUGGAAAGAGAGGGCAUUACAAGCCAAUCAAAUAUCGCAAGAACCCUACCACUGUUACGAAUCUCAGAGAAAAGAUCCAACAGUAUGUUAGAAACAGACCUGAUCAGUUGAAGCCUGCUCCAGAAAAAUUGACACCUUACAGGGAUCCAGUAUUCACUCAAUGCUUUGAGCCU